UAAUGCAUAAUUGCAUUACAAUUACAAUUACGAUUACUAUUGUUAAUUUGAGGUGAAAGUUAAUGCGUUAUGCUGCCCCGUGCCAAAUUCGUUGCAAAUUGACAACAACAAACAUAACAAACACAACAAGAAUAGUGAGCCAAAAGCUGCAGAUGGAAAGCAACGCAUUUGUUAGCAGCCAUUUGCCAUCACAAGCGCUUGUUGUACUAUCGGAGGCCGCUUCCGGUUUGCAUGAGGCACUGCGUGGCCAACGUCCGUUUCCAGCAAGAUUACCUGACGCCAAAGAUCUACACAACAUGUCACUAGUCGGCAACUAUAGCACCCAAUUCCUACACAACUUCCAUCCGCAUCUGCUGCAGACUCUCAACCAUGGAAUGCUGGCGGCAAAUGGAGCAGCUGCCGCCGCAGCCGCAGCCGGCGCUCCGGGCGGCUAUUUCGCAAGCGAACGCUCGCCGCUGGGAAAGCCGUCGGUGCUGUCGAAUUUCUCGCUGCCGUCGGCCUUCUCGCCGCCCAAAUACAUUGGCAUAUCCCUGGAUCAGAAUCUUUUCAAUGGCAGCGAAUCAUUUCGCACGGAUUCGGCCAGCCCCACGUGCACAUCACACGAAUCCAUGGAGGGAUCACAGGAUUACGAUGCCGUUGAAAAGGGUGAAAGUCCGCGCAGCAACAACUCUCAGGAUCCCAGGGAUUUAAGACAUCUGCACAAUGUGAGCAAAGCGCAUACGAUUGCCUCCUCCUCGACAGCAUCCAGCAGCUCCUCGUCCUCCUGCUCGACCAGCUCGGCGGCAGCGGCAGCGGCGGCGGCAGCGGCCAUUAGCUCGGCGGCCGUAGCUGCGGCCACCAGCAGCGCAGUCGUCUCCAUGGCCACGCAUUUGGCUGCGCAUCAGUCGUCGCCGGGACACCAUCAUCCGCAUCCGCAUCACGGGCAUCAUGUGGGCGCUGGCGGUGGGCAAUUGCCACCGCCCACGCACCACCAUAUGGUGCAUGCACACCCACAUCCGCUGACCCAUCAUCAUGCAGCGCUGGCCAGUCUGGCUGGAUUGCGUGCGAUGCCGGGCGGCAUGAGCCUGGUCAGCGGCCUGCAGGCGGCAGCUGCUGGUGGCGCCAUACCCGAUCUCUGUCCCGUCUGUGGACUGAAGCUGAGCCCCGAGGAAUGGCAUACGCACUUCCUCACCGAGCUGGAUCGCCUGUACAAGCUGAGCGCUGGCUUUGAGCGCGCCAAUCUGCAGGCCACAUACAUGUUUGCUCCGCCCUGCCCAGCCCAGGAGAAUGCCAUACGCACCAGCCACAAUCGUUGGGAGACCUUUCAGCGCAUUCGCAACAAUCGCCAGAACCGACUGCGGCUGAAGGUGCGCAAGCGUAAAUAUGGCGAAAUGUACAUGAUGGAGAGUCUCUACUGUAGCAGUUGUCCCAUAUGCAAGCGUAAAUAUGCGCUGGAAACUGGGAAGCUGCCUCCAGAGGAGGACCCCAAGAUGCAGGAUGAAAUCGAAACGGUGGAUGUGGAGAGCUGCAACGAUGAUGUGCCGGACUCAGGCUCAGAGCUGCCAACGGCAGCAGGCGGAGCUGUUGCAUUGACACCCAGUAUGCCGCCCUCCAGCAUGCACAACACGAAUGCCCAGCCGGGCAAAUUGGAUGGCAUACUUUAUCGCACGGCAUGCGUUAUUAAUCAGAAGGAUGCGCAUGCAGAUGAGCAGGAUGUGAGCACCAAUGUGACAGCAGCCAGCAGCAGCAGUGUCAGCUGGUCGGGCGAGACAACGCCCAGCACACAGGCGCAUAUCAGCGUGAAAAAUGUCAGCGAGCUGUCAUCUACCACACAUCAUUAUUACAAUGCGGAUUCCUGCGGCGUGAGCGUGGCUGAGCAUAGCAGCAGCGCCAACAGCAGCAGCAACAACAACAGCAGCAGCAACAAGGAGCUAAUGAUGGAUACGGCCAUGUGCCAGAACGAUAGCGAUGAAGACGUCAUUGUGGAUGACGAUGAAACUGUGAAAUUGACGACCAAGUCGCACAGCUUCAAGCGACGGCUGGAGGAGAACGUGGCCAGCAGCCGCAGCUUGGAGAACAUUUCGCCCAAUGAGGAGCGUCCGCGAUCGGAGCCACAGGUUAGCAGCACCGAGCCAGGGCCAAUGGAUAUCUCGCACAGCAACAACAACAACAACAACAAUACGACAACAGCAACCAAAUAUGCGGAGCCCAUGGAGAACAGCCUGUCGCAGCUAUCGUCAAUGGGCGUGCCGGGAUUAACGCAAUUGGACACAAAGACAGGCAUAAAGGAUCUCAACACAGAUGCGUUUCUACGCGGACGCAAUUUCUAUUUCCAUCAGAGCUGCGCCAAUGUGAUGAGCAGCUAUAGGCUCAACAAGGAGCUGCUCAGUCAGGCGCAGGCACAGAGGGAGGCCAAUGCGGCGAAUGCGGCGAAUACGCCACGUAGUUUGUCGCCAUCGCCCGCACAGUCGCCGCAGCAGAGCGCUGCCACCCCGGCCAUGGAGUAGACGGCGAAUUGAGCAAUCAAAGCGUGAAUUUAUUACAGUUAAUUAAUUCAAAUAUUGUGGUAGCUAAUGAAACAAGUUAAGCGAAAAUCAUGUUUAAUUGGGCAUGUUUCAACGCUCGCCCCAAAGCGGGCAACAGUUUUUGUCUCAAUUCCUUUCUGCGGUGCUGCCCAAA